GCAGCCCCGUCCGUCCCUCCAGGGCUCAUCUCCUCUCAGUCCACACAAAAUCGGAUGGUGAAGCAGCAGUAGCAGCCGGAGAAGCAGUUCCCCUCCCCAGCAGCUAAGCACCAGCCGGCCGGACCCGCCGCUUCUCCACCCUCCUCCCCUCUCCCCGCUCCGUCAUUACCAAGGCAGGAAGAUGUGCUCGUUGGAGGCGACGCGGGCGGAGCUGGGGCUGGCGGUGCUGUACCUGAACAAGGCGGAGGCUCGGGACAAGAUCUGCAGGGCCAUCCAGUACGGCUCCAAGUUCAUCAGCAACGGCCAGCCCGGCACCGCGCAGAACGUCGACAAGUCCACCACCUUGGCUCGCAAGGUCUUCAGGCUCCUCAAGUGGGUGAACGACCUGCAUGCUCUCAUCAGCCCAGCCCCCAAAGGGACCCCUCUCGUGUUGGUCUUGCUUGGGAAGUCCAAGAAUGCGCUGCUGUCGACCUUCCUGUUCCUGGACCAGUUCGUGUGGAUAGGAAGAUCGGGGAUUUACCAGAACAAGGAGCGCACGGACCGCAUCGCCAGGAUAUCCCUCUACUGCUGGAUGACUUCCUCUGUCUUUGCAAGUCUAGUCGAGCUUGGAGAGCUCAAGAGGCUAUCCAAGGCGAUGAGGAAGCGCGCCAAGGAGCUCCGGGGUGCCGACAAAUACGAGGACGAGCAGUACCUGGGGAAGAUGAAGCAGUCGGACGACCGGCUGCUGGCGCUGGUGAAGGCGGGCAUGGACGUGGUGGUGGCCGUGGGGCUGCUGCAGCUGGCGCCCAAGAAGGUCACCCCCAGGGUCACCGGGGCCUUCGGCUUCGUCACCUCCCUCAUCUCCUGCUACCAGCAACUCCCGUCCCGCGCUCCCCUGGCCAAACUCAAGGCGUGAGUAACGGACGCUACACCAUGCAUGCUAGUCCAAACGCUGCCUCCGCUUAACUCAAGCCGAUGCUGGAAUCUGAGAUGUUUUAUUCCUGUGUACGUAGCACUAUAUAUAGAAUGAUGAUGUCGAUCGUCUGUACGUACGGUUUUUAUACAUAUACAUGUACACGGUAUGCUAUGAACAGUACUAAUGGACAUGGUAUGUAUGGUCGAUCAUGUGUUAGUGCAUGGUGCUUAUAGUAUAUGCCAACAGUGUUUGCACUUGCGAACCAAAUGUAAUAAUUACAGAGAGAUCACAUUUAUAUUAAA